UUUCAAAUAACUCUGCCACAACUCAUCAUCAUAGGUGAAGCUUAUAUAUAUAUAUUGUGGUGAUCGAUUCCUUUGCUUGUGUUUGAGGGCAAAAUAUGAAGAUGUCAGAUGGAGAGAAGAAAGAAAAGGGGACACAGCAGGAACGAAAGGUUCCUCUUCUGAAGCUCUUCUCCUUCGCUGACUCCUACGACUGCGUUUUGAUGGGUGUUGGAUCUGUUGGGGCGUGUGUUCAUGGUGCCUCUGUGCCUGUUUUCUUUGUCUUCUUCGGAAAGAUUAUCAAUGUCAUAGGUUUGGCUUACCUUUUUCCCAAAGAAGCUUCCCACGAAGUUGCUAAGUAUGCGUUGGAUUUUGUGUAUCUAAGCAUAGUAAUAUUGUUUUCAUCUUGGACAGAGGUGGCAUGUUGGAUGCAUACUGGGGAACGUCAAGCUGCAAAGAUGAGAAUGGCGUACUUAAGGUCAAUGUUGAAUCAAGAUAUAAGUCUUUUUGAUACUGAAGCUUCAACUGGAGAGGUUAUUUCUUCUAUUACCAAUGACAUCAUCGUUGUUCAAGAUGCACUUUCUGAGAAGGUUGGGAACUUCAUGCACUACAUAAGCCGUUUUAUCGCAGGCUUUACCAUUGGUUUUGUGAGAGUGUGGCAAAUAAGUUUAGUGACACUUGCCAUUGUGCCCUUAAUUGCUAUUGCUGGUGGCCUUUACGCUUACGUCACCAUUGGCCUCAUCGGAAAAGUUCGAAAAGCAUAUGUGAGAGCAGGUGAAAUUGCUGAAGAGGUGAUAGGCAAUGUGAGAACGGUACAAGCAUUUGCAGGGGAAGAAAGAGCAGUGAGAUCAUACAAAGCAGCUCUGAUGAACACAUAUAGAAAUGGUCGAAAAGCAGGUUUAGCUAAGGGUCUGGGAUUAGGCUCCAUGCAUUGUGUUCUUUUCCUUUCAUGGGCUCUCCUUGUUUGGUUCAAUAGCAUAGUUGUUCACAAGAAUAUCGCCAAUGGUGGCGAUGCUUUCACUACAAUGCUCAAUGUAGUCAUUUCUGGCCUGUCACUUGGUCAGGCAGCACCAGAUAUUUCUGCAUUUAUCAGGGCAAAGGCAUCAGCUUAUCCCAUUUUUGAGAUGAUAGAGAGGGACACCAUGAGCAAAGUCAGCUCAGAAAAUGGUCAAAAGUUAAGCAAAUUGGAAGGUCAUAUCCAAUUUAAGGAUGUCUGUUUUAGUUAUCCAUCACGUCCUGAUGUGGUGAUCUUCAACAACUUUAGUCUUGAGAUUCCUCCGGGGAAAAUUUUAGCUCUGGUGGGAGGAAGUGGUUCCGGAAAAAGCACAGUUAUAUCAUUGAUUGAGCGCUUCUAUGAACCACUUUGUGGUGAAAUACUUUUAGAUGGGAACACCAUCAGGGAACUUGAUCUCAAAUGGCUUAGACAACAGAUUGGGUUGGUUAAUCAAGAGCCUGCACUUUUUGCUACAAGCAUCAGGGAGAACAUACUGUACGGAAAAGAUGAUGCGACUCUUGAAGAAAUAAAUCAAGCUGUGAUGCUCUCUGAUGCUCAGUCUUUCAUUAACAAUCUUCCUGAUGGAUUAGAUACUCAGGUUGGUGAGAGAGGGAUACAACUAUCCGGGGGACAGAAACAAAGGAUUGCAAUAUCUCGUGCCAUAGUUAAGAAUCCAUCAAUCCUUUUAUUAGAUGAAGCAACCAGUGCUCUGGAUGCAGAGUCUGAGAAAAGUGUACAAGAGGCACUUGAUCGUGUCAUGGUUGGUAGAACAACCGUGAUAGUUGCACACAGACUUUCUACCAUUAGGAAUGCAGAUAUGAUUGUUGUUAUUGAGGGAGGGAAGGUGGUGGAAAUUGGAAAUCACGAAGAACUCAUUUCCAACCCAAAUAAUGUAUAUGCAUCUCUUGUUCAAAUCCAAGAAACAGCCUUUUCUCAAGGCCACUUUUCUGUGGAUCCUUACUUGGGAGGCUCAUCAAGGCGCCUAGGAGAGUCGUCAUCCCGCACAACAAGCUUUCGUGGUAGUUUUCGCUCAGACAAAGAAUCUAUUAGCCGAGCUUUUGGUGAUGGAGGAGAAAGUGUUGGAAGUUCAAUGCAUGUCUCAGUAAAAAGACUAUAUUCCAUGAUUGGUCCUGAUUGGCUUUAUGGUGUUUUUGGAACCUUGGGUGCAUUUAUUGCUGGAGCACAAAUGCCACUCUUUGCUCUUGGAAUCUCUCAUGCUCUUGUAUCUUAUUACAUGGAUUGGGACACAACACGCCAUGAAGUGAAAAAAAUUGCAUUUCUCUUCUGUGGGGCAGCAGUUUUGACCAUCACUGCCCAUGCCAUUGAACAUCUUUCCUUUGGAAUCAUGGGGGAACGACUUACCCUUCGUGCAAGAGAAAAAAUGUUUUCCGCUAUUUUAAAGAGUGAAAUUAGUUGGUUUGAUGACAUAAACAACACAAGUUCUAUGCUUUCAUCACGUUUAGAGACCGAUGCAACAUUUUUAAGAACUAUAAUUGUUGAUCGUUCGACAAUUCUUCUGCAAAAUGUUGGUCUGGUUGUUGCUUCAUUUAUUAUUGCCUUCAUGUUGAACUGGAGGAUCACGCUUGUUGUACUAGCCACAUACCCUCUGAUCAUUAGUGGUCACAUUAGCGAGAAACUAUUCAUGCAAGGCUUUGGUGGCAACUUGAGCAAAGCAUAUCUAAAAGCCAACAUGUUGGCUGGGGAGGCUGUGAGUAAUAUCCGCACUGUGGCUGCAUUUUGUGCUGAACAAAAGGUCCUUGACCUUUAUGCUAAUGAGCUUGUGGAGCCUUCAAAGCGUUCAUUCAAUAGAGGUCAAAUUGCUGGCAUAUUCUAUGGCAUUUCCCAGUUCUUUAUUUUCUCAUCUUAUGGCCUUGCCUUGUGGUAUGGAUCUGUGUUGAUGGGAAAAGAGCUUUCCAGCUUCAAAUCAAUUAUGAAGUCGUUCAUGGUUUUGAUUGUAACAGCACUAGCUAUGGGGGAGACUUUAGCACUGGCACCUGACCUUUUGAAAGGAAAUCAAAUGGUUGCAUCCAUUUUUGAAGUGAUGGAUAGAAAGACAGGAAUAUUGGGUGAUGUUGGAGAAGAGUUGAAGACAGUGGAAGGAACAAUUGAGCUAAAAAGAAUCCGUUUCAACUAUACUUCAAGGCCAGACGUGGUUAUUUUCAAUGAUUUCAAUCUAACAGUGCCUGCAGGAAAGAAUAUUGCCCUGGUGGGGCACAGUGGAUGUGGUAAAAGUUCAGUCAUCUCACUCAUACUCAGAUUUUAUGAUCCAACAUCUGGGAAGGUGAUGAUUGAUGGAAAAGACAUCAAGAAACUCAACUUGAAAUCCCUUAGGAAACAUAUAGGUUUGGUGCAGCAAGAACCUGCUCUUUUUGCAACAUCAAUAUAUGGAAACAUUCUUUAUGGAAAGGAAGGAGGUUCAGAAGCUGAAGUGAUUGAAGCAGCUAAACUUGCCAAUGCUCAUAGCUUUAUCAGUGCUCUUCCUGAGGGCUACUCCACCAAAGUAGGUGAGAGAGGAGUUCAACUCUCUGGUGGCCAGAAACAGAGGGUAGCUAUUGCAAGGGCUGUUUUGAAAAACCCUGAAAUUUUGCUGCUAGAUGAAGCUACCAGUGCACUGGAUUUGGAGUCAGAGCGUGUGGUGCAACAAGCUCUAGACAAAUUGAUGCAGAACAGAACAACAGUUAUAGUGGCACAUAGGCUGUCCACAAUAAAAAAUGCAGACCAAAUAGCAGUUUUAGAGGAUGGAAAGAUAAUUCAGCGAGGGAUUCAUGCAAGACUUGUAGAAAUCACAGAUGGAGCAUACUACAAAUUAGUCAGCCUUCAACAACAAGAACAUUUUGAUUGACAGACAAAAAACCAGUGAACUCUUUUAUCUGCACUGAUUUGGGUAUUCAUUCACCUUGUAUAUGUUACAAGGUUUGUUUGUAAUUUUAUUUUCGUCACACUUAAAAAGAAUGAUGUGGAUUCCGGGGCCAGUGCUUGGCCAGAAAAUAUCACAUAUUGGAAACUGUUGAAAAAUAUAAGACGUCUUUAAAUAAUUUGGUUUAA